AUGGAGUUUGAAUUUCAUCCAGACAUCUGGGCCGCCACCAAUCAGAGCCUGAAAGAAUACGAUGCGGGGAAAGGCUUGAAUUGGUGUUCACUGUGUGGAGAUUUCAAAGUUUCCUUGUGUCUGAUGGUUGAGGAGUAUUCCCAUUGCAUCACACCUUCCAUUCUUGUGACGGUCUUUCUAGUUCCAUCGCUGGCCCUUGUGAACACCAGUGACAGUCAUUCUCUGGAUGGCUCUGUGGGGACCCAAGUCAUCCAUGUCGAUGCCUUCCGAGGUAUGGUCAGCAUCCAAGACAACAAUGUUCUGAGUGAAUGGAAUGGAAUCGUGGACUACAAGAAUGCCCUCCUGGCAGCUAAACUGUUUAAUAAGAUGGCCUGUGUCCUGGCCAAGAUGGACCCAGCAGUCUUCCCAAGUUUGGAUGAUAUUACCCAGGCCCUGGGCAAGCAGGCUUCCGGUCGUUAUCCACCCACCCGCGGACUUACCUACACUGUUUUACCCAGCCGAGUUAAAAACCUGGCCCAGUACGGAGCACCUGUCAAGGACCUGUGCAGAGCGGUACCCACCUACUUUGCCCAACAGCAAAAAGAAGGUACUGCCCUGGCGAUGGAUCCAGACUCCUGCUCCGAGCUCCAGCUUCUGUCCUUCAUGGGACUCUCCAUCUGUGGUGAGAUCCCUGGGCUCUGAACCUCUACCUCAGCCUUGUGAAGACGGAGCUUGCCUGGUGCAGCCUCUGCCUGUGGAAAGUGUCUCGUUCCAAUACUCUGCUUACUGGCUUCUCAUGCAGCACUAGCCCUGUAAUCUGGGGAGGAGGCGGGGAAAUGGGUGUGUUUUCUACCUUCUAUGAAGAAAUAAUAAAGUUUUUG